AUCAGUACGAGGCUUUGUGGCGGACUGCCGGCGCAGCAGCCCGGCGUCACCUGCGAUAACGCGGCCGCGCGUUGGCUCCUGAUUGGCGCGCGCACGCAUCAUCUGAUUCUUGCGCGCAGGUCCGCACUCAGGUAGCCGUGGCAGGAUGAUGCCACACAACAUUUCAGUUACUAUUGAUUCUAAUGAUACUCAUAAUGAUUAUGUUUGCCAUUCUGUUGAAGUUCUACAUGAAGCAGAUAAUCAUCAAAUUUUGAUUGACCAAAAACUUAAGAGCGCAGGUGAUAGAAGACGUUUCCAGAUUUUUGAUUAUUAUUGGAGUCUUGGUAGCCUGCAACGCCAGAGGGAUUGGAUCGCAAAAAGCGUGAUAAAGAAAGAAGUAAAGACUCAUACUACAGAUAAAGGUGAUUCUUCUAGGAGGAAUUGCACUUAUGAGUAUUAUAUCAACGAAGAAGGCAGGAGACAGAUUCAACUGUUAUAUGCGCCAGUUUUGAUAUGCAAAAAGUGCUUAAUACACCCCAUGGAGAAAAUAAUAUGGCACUUUAUUAUACGAGAAAGAUAGCCGUAUAUAAUUUUACAAUUUACGAGAGCAAUACUCAAAAAGGAUAUGGACAGAAGUUGAUGCACACCGAGGCGCAAAUGAAAUUGCCACAUGCCUG